CUGAUAACGUGAUCAAUUAAGAUGUUAGUAGCACGCGGAGAAGGUUCAUUACAAGACAAUGUCAAGAUUGACUGUUGUUUCCUUGAGUUUAGUACUUGGGGUUUUCCUUACCUACUCGGAUGUUAGUGGAAAGAAAUACACCAAGUGCGGUCUUACUAAUGUAUUGGAAGAUCUAGCAUUUCCUCGUUCUUACAUAGGAAAUUGGGUCUGUUUGAUUGAAAGUGAAAGUGGAAAAAACUCAUCGAAAGUGACGAUCAGAGCCAACAAUAGGCUUGGACUCGGGCUUUUCCAAAUUUUGAGUAGAGAUUGGUGUACUUUCCGUAAAAGAGGAGGUUUAUGCAAUGUUCGUUGUGAAGAUAUGCUUGACGAAAGUUUGGUAGACGAUGCUGCCUGCGCUAAAAAAGUACAAAAAGAACAGGGUUUCAAAUCAUGGAACGGAUGGAAUAGAAGCUGUAAAAGAAGGAAUCUUCCUAUACCAAACUGUUGAGAGACUGAGAGUUGUGAUAAUUGAAGGGGGAUAACCAUAAAAACAACACAAACCGUAAAAUAUUAUAUUUUAGUAUCAGCAAAUAUAUGAAGCAUUAAUAUUCUUAUACAAAUAAGUAACAAUAUUAUUAAAAUUUUAUAACAAAUUAUGUUAAUCAUGUACAAUAUAUAAUUUCAAUUUAAA